AUGAAAGAGGUAAUCGCUGAAAAGAGACCAAUAAGAGAUGGGUCGGUAACCUUGAAUGAAAAGUGUAAUGAAAUAUCACCAAGUAGGAGAAUCCCAAACAAGCAAAAGGAUCAUGGAGCGGUCACAGUCCCAUUCACUAUAAAAUACAGAACUUUCAAGCUAGUACUAAUUGAUUCUAGAGCAAGUGUGAGUCUGAUGCCAUUGUCAAUAUACCAAAGGCUUGGUAUUGGAAAUGUCAGUGAUACAAGGACAAAUCUUAAGUUUGCAGAUCACUCCAUAAAGAAUGCAUAUGGGAUAGCGGAAGACGUACUGGUAACAAUAAAGCAAUUUGGUUUUCCUAUUGAUUUUAUGAUCAUAGACAUACCUGAGGAUGAAGAGACACCUAUCAUUCUUGGUCGACCAUUCAUGCGGACAAGUCGAUGCAAUUCCGACAUAGACCACGACACACUAACUUUAAAAGUUUAUGAUGAUAAAAUAACCUUGAAUGUUCUUAAAAAUAGGAGGCUAGAGGUGGAAAAAGAAUAUCACUAUCAAGUAGGCAUGAUCAGGAAAGAUGUGAAAGGCCAAAGUGACAUUCCAACAUCAGAAAAAGUCUCAAGAAGGCCAUCUCAACUGGUCUCACCUCCAUUAGCAACCCCGAGUGGAAAAACUCUUAUUUCCAUUCCAAAAGCCAUGAGAAAUAAGAUAAAGUGA